AUGAGUCGACUCUCAGUAUUUGUAAUUUUUGUGAUGACUUUAAUCGCGUCCGUUUUAUCUGAUACCGCUCAAAUAAACACACCUUCCAACCAAGUGCAAGGUAGCUUGUAUACUAUCACAUGGAUAUACAAUGGUACAAACGAUGCAGUCGGAAGUCUCUUACUCAAUAGCAGAAAUAAUACUAGCAAUGUCUUUACAAUUGCCAAGCAAAUUAAGUUAAGCACCCAAGCUUAUCAAUGUCCUAUUCCCACAAACUCAGCCGGAUCUUCCGCUACUUCAACAAAACCUCCAAGCAACCGAAAUACUGGCUCACCUAGCGCAUCAAAUAAUGCAAACAAAAUGAUUAUUGAUUCCUCUUUAUUCACGACUG